GAUGCAAUAUCUAAAUUGCUAUUGCAUUUAAAUUUAAACUUGUUUUAGUUCAGUUAGAAUUAUUCUGCAGUUAAUGUAGAAUUGUGUUGGUUUGUGGAUAUGGCGGCUGCAAAGAGCUUUUAUUCUGUGGUCCAACUGCUGCCCCAUACUCUUAGGGGGUUGCACAGAUUAGGCGGGGUACGGCUCGCAUCAACCGUGAAGCUGCAAGAAUCAAAUGAUUCUAUUGAACACAUAGAGCAAGUACCUCUCCACCAAGCUCAGCAAAGUCGACUUGAACGAUUACGUUAUACGCUUAAACAUGAAGAGAAUGGUCCAGUUCUAAUGGAUACUUUCAACAGGAAACAUACUUAUCUUCGCAUUUCUCUUACAGAAAAGUGUAAUUUAAGAUGCACAUACUGCAUGCCAGAGGAAGGAAUUGAACUGACCCCUACAGAUAAUUUGCUAACCACAGAAGAAAUCUUGAAGCUUGCCCAACUUUUUGUGAAGGAAGGUGUUACCAAGAUACGACUAACAGGAGGAGAACCUCUGGUACGGCGUGACAUAGCAGAGAUCAUAGGUGAACUGAACAAAUUAAAAAGCAAUGACCCGAACAUCCCUGGGUUGGAAAGCAUUGGAAUCACAACCAAUGGAACGACAUUGAAACGAAAGUUGCCACUUUUGAAGAAGGGGGGGUUGGACUCUUUAAAUGUGAGCCUGGAUACUUUAAACCCUGUUCGAUUUGAACUAAUCACACGCAGAAGGGGAUGGCAAAGAGUUAUGGAUGGGAUAAUGGAUGCAAUUGAUAUUGGCAUACCAACAGUGAAGAUUAACUGUGUUGUGAUGAACGGGAUGAAUGAAGAUGAGAUUUGUGACUUUGUGGAACUCACUAGAGACAUCCCAGUAGAUGUGAGAUUCAUCGAGUACAUGCCAUUUGAUGGAAACAAAUGGAACGAAAAUAAAAUGGUGUCAUACAAAAGUAUGCUAAAAACAAUACAAAGUCAGUUUCCAGUUUUACAUCGCUUGGAAGAUGACCCCAACCAUACAUCUAAGGGGUACAGAGUAGAGGGCCAUGCGGGAAAGUUUGGAUUCAUUACCUCGAUGUCGGAUCAUUUCUGUGGGACUUGCAAUCGUGUUCGAAUUACUGCAGAUGGCAAUUUAAAGGUUUGUUUGUUUGGCAACAGUGAAGUUUCGUUGCGAGAUGAAAUACGAUCCCAGAAAAGUGACGAGGAGUUGCUUGAGGUUAUUGGGGCGGCCGUUAAGAGGAAGAAGAAGCAACAUGCAGGAAUGUUCAACCUUGCCAAAAUGAAGAACCGACCGAUGAUUCUGAUUGAUUCUUUCCCUGCCAGUUCCAACUUUGUAAAGUUUCCAUUUGUAAUUUAUUUGACGAGACAAUCUUUUAUGGAAAGUUCUAAUUCCCCGCAAAGUAACAUUGAUGUUAUGAGCUACGUACAUGUUGCUACAAUGUCAGAAGAUGUAAAUGAUAAUUACUCGCUGUGCCCAACUGCAAGCCAUUCUUUCUAUGCUCAACAACAACAUUUAUUCACUGCACCUUUACAUGAUCAAACCUCCCAAACUUUUACCGCUCAAACUCGCAAUUAUUCAACGAGCUGUGAUGCAAGAGACAACCAACUUACACACGUGGAUGGAACGGGCAAAGCUUCUAUGGUGGAUGUCUCAUCUAAAGAAGUAACGACCAGACAAGCUGUUGCCGUUGGUAAAGUUCAUCUCAACGAUGUUGUAUUCCAUGCUGUAAAGAAGAACUUGGUUAAAAAAGGCGAUGUUUUAUCUGUAGCAAAAAUUGCAGGAAUUAUGGGUGCUAAGCAGUGUUCACGCCUUAUUCCGUUGUGUCAUGAUAUUGCAUUGUCCAAGAUUGCUCUUGAUUUGAUUUUAAAUGAAAAUGACAACACUGUUGAAAUUAAGGCUUCUGUUGCAACAAAUGAUCGAACUGGAGUUGAAAUGGAGGCUUUAACUGGAGUGUCCAUUGCAGCACUUACAGUAUAUGACAUGUGUAAAGCACUUGGGAAAGAUAAUUGGAUUUCUGACAUCAAGUUACUGAGGAAAACUGGAGGUGCAAGUGGUGAUUAUGAUGUCACAGAUGCAUAUUAAUGUCUUUUGUUUUAAAUCAAUUUAAUUUUUCAUCCCUUUGACAAUCGUGUUGAAAUAAUUCUGGAUUCAUUCCUUUGCUUGUUUAUACCGUGUGUGCCCAUACCUUCAAUAAGCAAAGUACAUGCUCUAUUUCAAAUAAUUCUAGUUAACAGUUUACAAUGAUGUUAUUUAACUGUUUCAAUCAGCAGAAAAUUCUAUAAAGUAUAUAUAAUUUAUGACACUUUUCCCUUAUUGUUUUACCACAGUGAGAUUUUAAAGGCGUUUUUCCCAGAGGUGUGCAACCUGUAGUCAUACAUAAACUACAUGAGAUGAAAAGAUGUGAAUUUUGAUUAAUUUUAUUUGACUUUUUAUGGUCUUUGAUUGCACACCUCUACCUCUGCUUUAAGAUUUUUGUUCUUUCUUUUAAUUGGCUUCUUGCUUCCUUUUUCACAGAAUACUAGCUGUUUGUGUCUUAAUAUACAAUUAUUGAAUUCCACAAAGAGCGAAAUGUACAUGGCAAUCUGCCCCUUUUAAUCCCACCUAAUACAACUACACCGCGCUUGCAAU